AUGGCAAGCAAAAAGCGUGAAGUCCAGCUACAGUCAGUUGUCAAUAGUCAGAGCCUGUGGGAUGAGAUGUUGCUGAACAAAGGCUUAACAGUGAUUGAUGUCUACCAAGCCUGGUGUGGACCCUGCAAAGCCGUGCAAACUUUAUUCAGAAAACUAAAAAAUGAACUGAAUGAAGAUGAGAUUCUUCACUUCGUCGUUGCUGAAGCUGACAACAUUGUGACUCUCCAGCCAUUUAGAGAUAAAUGUGAGCCCGUGUUUCUCUUUAGUGUUAAUGGUAAAAUUAUUGCGAAGAUUCAGGGUGCAAAUGCUCCACUUAUCAAUAGAAAAGUCAUUACCUUGAUAGAUGAAGAGAGGAAAAUUGUAGCAGGUGAAAUGGCUCGUCCUCAGUAUGUUGAAAUUCCACUAGAAGAUGUAAUUGAUGAUGAAUAUGGGGAAGUACAGUAUGAAAGUGCUGUAGAUGUUUACAAUAUGGCAAUUAUCAAACCUGAUGCUGUACUCAUGAGAAAAAGUGUGGAAAUUAAAGAAAAAAUAAUCAAAGAAGGAUUUGUCAUAGAAAUACAGGAAAACAUGAUUCUCCCUGAAGAGGUAGUGAGGAAAUUCUACACUCAUAUAGCAGACCAGCCUGACUUUGAAGAGUUUGUCUUCUCUAUGACAAAUGACCUCAGCUGUGUGCUCAUUGUAUCUCAAGGAGAAGACUCCGAGGUUAUUCAGGAAGAAACUCUCCCGCAGACUGACACAGAAGAAGAACCUGGCGUUUUGGAAGAGCCCCACGUUAGGUUUGCACCUGUGAUGAUAAAGAAGAAACGGGACAGUUUGCAAGAGUAUAUGGACCGACAGCAUAUGUCUGACUACUGCGAUGUCGAGAACGAUGUGGUUAAGGUCUCUAAGUUCAUUGACAUAUUAUUCCCUGAUUUUAAAACCAUGAAAAGCAUGAAUGUACAAACGACGCUAGCAUUACUGCAUCCAGACAUCUGUGAGGAAGAGAAAGAUGAGGUGUUGAACGUUAUUCAAAAUGAAGGGUUCACCAUACUGAUGCAGAGGCAAAUAGUAUUAUCAGAGGAAGAAGCAAGAACAGUGUGCAAGGUCCAUGAGAACGAAGAGUAUUUUGAUAAUCUUAUAGGACACAUGAGCAGUAAUUCCUCUUAUGUCCUUGCUCUACGGAGGGAAAAUGGUGUGGAAUAUUGGAAAGCAUUAAUUGGGCCAAAAACUAUUGAGGAAGCUUAUGCAUCUCAUCCACAGAGUUUAUGUGUACAGUUUGCUUCAGAAAAAUUUCCUAUCAACCAGUUCUACGGGAGCAGUUCCAAAGCGGCAGCUGAGAAGGAAAUAGCACAUUUCUUCCCUCCUCAGAGCACGCUUGCACUGAUCAAGCCUCACGUGACACACGAAGAAAGAAUGGAGAUCCUGAAGAGCAUUAAAGAGGCAGGAUUUGAGCUGACCCUGAUGAAGGAAAUGCACCUGACUCCAGAGUAUGCAAACAAAGUUUACUUCAAAAUAACAGGAAAAGACUUUUAUAAAAGUGUAUUGGAAGUCUUAUCUUUGGGCACGUCAGUAAUCAUGGUUUUGACCAAGUGGAAUGCUGUUGCAGAAUGGAGGAGAAUGGUUGGCCCAGUAGACCCGGAAGAAGCAAGACUGCUCUCCCCAGAUUCCCUCCGAGCCAAAUAUGGACUAGACAUUUUGAGAAAUGCUGUCCAUGGAGCAUCUAACUUGUCUGAAGCAUCAGUCAUAAUUAGUAAUAUGUUCGCAGAGGGUAAUCCUGAGGACUAG